UGUUCAUUUUUUUCAGAUUAACAUACACACUCUUCUAUCAAAUUUAUUUUCAGUGUUUAAUUAGGUCCAAAGAAUCAUGGAGAGGACACGAUUUGGGCUUUUCUUCUUCCUUCUCUUUCUCCUUGCUUCUCAGAUGGUGGUCCAAAGCGAGGGAAGACACUGCGAGUCAAAGAGCCACCGGUUCAAAGGAAUGUGCGUUCACGAACGCAACUGUGCUUCGGUUUGUAACUUAGAAGGUUUCUCCGGCGGAAAGUGCCGCGGCUUCCGUCGACGCUGCUUCUGCACCAGGCAUUGCUAACACGGUUUAAACCUAAGAUCUAAGGUUUCUUGUUAUUUGAGUCAGCUCGUAGUAACGUUAAAUAAUAAAGAAUGUAUUAAUUAAUUGGUACAUGCAAUGUAUGCAUGCAUGGUGCUAAUUAAUUAAUUAAUUAAUUAUAAGUACCAACCAUGUAUGUUUUAUUUCUGUGGUUUCAUUAUAUUUAUUUCCCCUAUUUCUAGCUAGGAUUUAAUUUGUAACGAAUAAUCUUGUUCUUCAGUGGUCGUGUCUGUAUUUCACUAUUUCGUUUAGUUAUAUGUUGGUUGAUUUUACGAGUCACA